AUGACGUCCCCAAAACCCAGGCCAAAAAGAGGAGCCAUCAGUGAAGCCGUGAGAAUCAUUGUAUACAUCGUCGUUCUCACCACUUCUCUAAGCUAUUGGAACAACGCCACAACCAUCAGCUAUCAUUCCGGAAAAGGUACCAGCAGCACUGGUUGCACAGCGUCCAAUGACAGUGAGUUGAGUAACACAACAUUGACCUUUUGGAGGGAGCAAGCGGACAAUGCCAAGCAGAAUAGUGAUGCUUUAGAAAAGCAAGUUCAUGAGCGAACUCAAGAACGAGACUUGGCACAAUCCAACGCCAGAACCACACUCGAAUCCAAAGACAGCAUGAUUGCCAACCUAAAAACACAACUGCAGGCACUAGAAAAAGAAAAGAGCCACCUGAAAGAAUCCAUUGAAAAAGAACACAAACACACCGAGGAGCUCUUGAAGCAAAAGGAAUCCAUUGAAAACGAACUCAAACAUGCUGAGGAGCUCUUGAAGCAAAAGGAAUCCAUUGAAAACGCACUCAAACAUGCUGAGAAGCUCUUGAAGCAAAAGGAAUCCAUUGAAAAAGAACACAAACAUUCUGAGGAGCUGGUGAAGCAAAAGGACAAUGACGAAACCAAGAAUCAAAACAGGGACAACGCAAAGAAUCAGGACAAUGCAAAGCAGAACCACAGCAAGGACACUUCUGCCAAUGUCCAACAGCCGAACACAGAAACUGGCACAGAGGAAGUCAAGACUGCCACUUCCAAAGACCCACAGCCUAAUUCAAAAGCGGAAGCUUUGGAAUCCAACACUGCAAAAGUGGAGAUUGCACACAACCCUGAUGGUUCAAUGGCAUCUGAUAUAUCCUCCAUGUAUCACCUUCCAGACCAAUCCAAGGUAGUUGUUGAACUUCGGUCUGAUGCUCGUUGUCCCCGACCCUACCUAGUGGGUCGUUUGUCAGGGCCUGCCCUGGUUCGGUUGGCUUGGACAUGGUCUAGUGGUAAUGGAAAUAGUGGUAGCGUGAUGACUGGGUCCUAUAAUGUCCCUGACAAUGGGGAAUAUUUUUUGGAGAUCCUGGUUGUCCACUGCAAUGACUUUUCUUAUGGGGUUCGCAGUGCACUUGAGGACAGAGACAACCUUAAAAGUCCAACACUAAAGGUUACAGGUGAACCUAAUCCAUUGACCUUUAACUUUCAACCUGUCUGCACUGAAGAUCCAUUGAAAGGUCGACUCACCAGCAAGACUGCCUCCAUUCUAGUUGUGCAGAAUGGCAACACUUAUGGUGAGGUUGUGCCUGGUUUUUGGAAGAAGACAGCCAAGGUCAAGGCCACUGCAUUACAGACCCGAGUGCAACCCGAACUGUGCUUUCAUGAAUUUGUGGAGAAGAAGAACUUGUCCCAGGUUUGUCAUGAACAGGUCCAGCUGGAUCGAUUUCUUGACUAUGAGUUUGAAUGGUCAUCCUCCAUGAAGCACCCAAGUGCAGAGGUGGUGCAGCAGUCCAGCCUUACCACCAUUUGCAUUGCUGGAUGGAGUCACGCCCGUCGACUAUAUGGAGCAGCUGGGGCAAUGGGAUUCACAAGAAAACACAAUUACAACAUUACAACUGAGUGGGUCAAGGCAAGGUAUCCUCACGAUGUUGCACAUGUAAAACAAAUCAACUUUAUGAAAGAGAAAAACUGCAGCAGCCUGAUUAUUGGUGUGACUCAAUGGCCUGCGAGCUAUGAUGGGAAGCACCCAACACUACUGGGAGAUUACUACAAGGACUUGAAAGACAUGGUCCAAGCAGUGAGAACUGCCAUACCUGGGCUUUCCUUGUUCUUUCGAAGUGUUCAUACAAACGCAUUGAUGGGCUCUACUGUCAUGUGUCCACCAAAGGAUUGGCGCACAGGAACGGCCAUGAAUGGAUACAAUGAAGUGAUAAAACAAGUUUGCCAAGAAAUGAAUAUUCAAUUCUUGGAUGCUACAUUUUUGACGGCACCUGUGUGGGAUGCAUCCCCUGACUACACUCACUUGGAUGAAAGGACAUCAAAUGCUGAGAUUUUAUAUCUUGCAUCUUCUGCUUUGCUGUUCAGGGAAAAGUGA